AUGUUUCUCAACGACAUGGGGCUGUUAAUGUUCUUAGCACUAACGGCCUCCCUCCUCUUGGGCUAUUGCCAAACGGAUGAAAAAGUGUCAUUUUACGGAGCGAGCUACAUUCAUCUUCCGGUGCAAGAAGCUAAGGGUGCGACUGACAUCAGCUUCCGGUUCCGAACUCAUCUCGCGGACGCUAUGCUGCUAUUGGCCGUUGGCAGGACGGAUUACUGCCUGAUCAAACUCGAAACCGGCAAAUUGAAGGUCCACAUCAAUUUAGGGGCGGGUGAAAGCGAGAUGUCCAGUGCUCGUGGAUUGACGUUGAACGACCUGAGCUGGCACGAGGUCAAUCUGACGAGGCGAGAGGCUAACAUCACCCUACAAAUUGACGUGAUACACACGACCAAAUCCCUUCUACCAGGACGUUUCUUUGAACUGAAUAUACACUAUGGGGUCUUCAUCGGGGGACAGGGUGAUUUUAACGAGCUAUUUCUAGGACACACGGAUUACUUGCGAGGCUGUAUGGCUGACAUAAUCUACAAUGGCGCCAGAGUAAUAGAAUACGCCAAGUCGAGGAAAGGCCAGUCGGAGGCCACCGCCGUUACGUGGAGCUGUUCACCGGAAUUCGACGCUACGAGGAGCACGGAAGUUAGUUUCGUGGAGGAUGGUGCGUUCACAGCGAUCCCAAGACCCAUUCCACGCUCGGGAUCCAAAUGGGAAUUCGAGUUGAAGACGGGAGAGGAGAGCGGGCUGCUGCUCUACAACACCGGCCAAUCCUCGUACGCCGAUUACCUCGGGAUCGAGUUGUUCGAGGGUAAAAUUCGACUUCUGAUGAACAAAGGGAAUGGACCGACCGAGUUGAUACACGGCACACCGGUGGCCGACGGCAAAUGGCACCGGGUCGCCGUCGAUUUCAAUCCGAGCGGGAUCGGGAUCACGGUCGAUCGCCAAGAAAAAACCAUCAGCUUGCCCUCCGGCGGGAAUCGUUACCUGGAUCUGGCCGACACCCUGUACAUCGGCGGUACCGAGCUCAACAAACGCGCCAAGGCGUUCGGGAAAGGUCUUAAAUCCGGUGACGUGAGCUACAAGGGUUGCCUGAGAAAUAUGAUGUUGGAUAACAAGGAGCUCGGUCUACCGGAUGUUAAAAUCAGCCAGGGCAUCGUGGUCGGCUGCGUUUGGGGAUUUCCCUGUAUCGAGGCUGAUCCCUGUGUUUCCGGGGGAGUUUGCUCUCAACUGGGUGUCAGCUCGUUUAAGUGCGACUGCGACCAACUAUCGUGUAUCAAUCCGAAUCAUGCCGAGGAUUACGAGACUCACUCGAAAGCAAAUUUACCCGUGAACUUGGAAAUACUGUCAUCGAGUCCCCUACUGGUAUGCGAAGGAGGACAUGUGCUGGUGACGAGCGAUAACAUUGCCAUGGUACUAGACAUCGCUAAAUAUGGGGUGGAAGAGGACGGUGUUAUCUUCACCUUGAUAACGCCGCCCACUUACGGUACCCUCACUCUGGAUCUCUUAACUACCAGAACCGAACAUACUUUCACUCUUCGAGACAUCGAUCGAAAUAAGAUACAAUAUAUGCAUGACGGCAGUGAAACCACGGAGGACAGUAUGAUUCUGGAAGUGACGUUAGUGGCAGGAGCUGGUUACGCGUUGCCAGGCUACCUUCAAGGACGACUUAGGUUUCCGCUUCACGUCAACGUUACACCCGUUAAUGAUCCCCCAUUGCUCGAAAUAUUGACCGCAAAAGUGCUACGACUCGCUCAGGGCACGAGGAAAAUCUUAACGAAAGAAUUAAUUUGGGCGAUCGAUGCCGACACACCGUCAGACAUGUUGGUUUAUACGGUCUUACGUACCGACGCGGACGCUGGAUACGUGGAAAGAGUGACUUAUCCGUCGCGACCUAUCGACACGUUUACCCAGGCUGAAUUAAUGCAAGGAUUAAUUGCAUACGUACACCGUGGAAACGCGAAACCGAACGCGAAGCUUGAUCUUCAGGUGAGCGAUGGUAUAGAAAACAGCGAACCGGCGAGUUUAAGGGUGGCGGCUCAUCCUUUAGAGAUCAAGUUGAUGCACAACACGGGAUUGGUCGUGGUGCAUCGAUCCUAUUCGUACCUGACACCGGCCAAUCUCUCUUUCACCACGAAUUCCGACGACAACACCAUCGAUAUACGUUACGACAUCGUCUCGAAAUCGCAAUUUGGCACGAUUCAGAAGCUCAAGGACGUCUCGAGCAGCUGGAUCAACGUCGAUCAUUUCACGAGCAGGGACAUCGAGUUGCACACGAUACGGUAUCUUCACAACGAGGGAAGCCCGAAUCAGGACGAGUUUAAGUUUCAAGCCAGCGUUAGAGAGGUGAGAGCUCAACACACCUACGAUUUUCGGAUCACUUUCAUCGAUCUCGAGUUGAAAGAAGCCAAGAGGAUACCCGUUAACUUCACCAACGUGGCGGAAGUGAUCGUCACCGGGCAAAAUCUAAGGUAUCAAACGAACCCGCUGAUAACCGCGGCCAACAAGAUCGUUUUUACCGUGACCACGGGACCAAGAUACGGUAAUUUGUUCCUUUCGAGCCGAAAACUACAAGUCGGAGACGGGUUCGCUCAAGAGGAUAUCGAUUCCGGCAAAUUGAAAUAUCGAUUGUUCAAGAGGGCCUAUUCCACGAUUCUGGACGAAUUCGGUUUCAAAGUGAGCGCGCCGCAAUGCAUCGAUUUACACUCCGCGUUCAAGUUCAGGCAUUAUCUCAGCAAGAACGUGAAACCGUUGGACAGCGUGGAAACCGUGAGGGUCGACGAGGGAUCCAGAGUACCACUAAGAAUUGUUCGAACGAAUCCAAAGGAUUACGGUGUUACAUCGUUGAUCUACAACUUGACCAUAGUUCCGCAUCACGGUUGGUUGACCGUCACCAACAAUUCCAAGUCUCACUCGCGGAAUAACACCUCCUACUUCACCUCCGAGGAACUUUCGUCCCAAAAAGUGUACUACGUUCACGACGACUCGGAGACGAGGGAAGACUCGUUCCAAUUCGUCGCUACCGCCUCGGACGUUGUUGAUUUCAUGUACGUGGGUGUGUUUCGCGUCGAAGUGACGAUGAAGAACGACAACGCGCCGGAACGUGUGGUUCACAAGGUGUUCCACGUGGUUUCCAAGGGCGAGAGAUUACUCACGAACAAGGAUCUUGCCUAUACGGACAAGGAUAUCGACACGAAGCCUAGCGAGUUGAUGUACACGAGAAGGGACACGCAGAGGAAUGGAAUAUACAGGAUAACCAAUCCCACCUCGCAGAUACACGAGUUCAGUCAACAAGACGUCGACGACGGUCAGAUAUUGUUUAAACAUCAGGGCGAGGAUCAUGGAAAAUUUGAGUUCGGCGUUACCGACGGUUACUUUUACACGGCCGGUGUCCUUGAAAUUCAGGCCAGCCCACCUUACGUGAGAUUGAGAGAGAGCAACGGGUCCGUGGUGCAGUUCAAUCGAUCGGUCGCUCUUCGUCCGAACGAGUUGGACGUUGAAACGAAUGUGUACACAACGGACAAAGACAUCAAAUACGCGAUACUGGAGAAACCGAAGCACGGGGUGCUGUUGAAGCACGGUAGAGAAACUAAUGCAUUCAACAAAGAGAAUUUGCGUUAUGGAAUAGUGUUGUACAAACAUCUCGGAGGAUCUUUGACGAGGGACGAUUUUAAAUUCAAGGUAUCGACAAAGGGUGCGGAGGCAGAGGGGUUGUUCCCGAUUAAAAUUUAUCCCGAAAGUUAUUGGCAAGCAUUGAUCGUUCAAAACAAUAAAACGGUGUUCGUGGAGGAAGCCACCAGUAUCUUGUUGAACAGAAAAAGUCUCGAGAUCAUGCAUCCCAAGAUACCAGAGUCCGAAAUAGUAUAUUUUUUGAAAGAGUGGCCGCAGAAUGGAUAUCUGGAGCUACAAAUUCACGACGAGCAUAGCGACGAGACUCGAGAGGAUUAUAUCGGAAACGCGGUGAAAUCUUUCGAUCAAAGCAUGAUAAACGAGGGUCGCGUGUUCUACGUGCAAUCCGUGAUGAAUCAGACCAACGAUAAAUUUGUCGUCGACGCGACGAACGGAAUAACUUGGCUACGCGAUCUGAACGUCAAUUUUGUGAUCGUUCCGGAAAAACUUUACGUCGAGGCGAAGGGUAUCGUCGUGGUCGAGGGAAAGAGUACUAUUCUCGAUGAAACCAACUUUUCUAUCCUAACCCCUUACUAUUCCAACAAGGUGACGAAUUUUCGAAUCGAGGAAAAACCGAAACACGGUACGAUUCUGGAAUCGACCAAGAAUUCCGAGACGAAGAAAUCCUCGUUCAAACAUCUGAACGGUGGAAUAAUAUUGUACAAACACAACGGGGAUGAAUUUCCCACAGAUUCGUUCAAGAUGGUCCUCAUUGCGGGGGAUAAAAUCAGCGAACCCUUCGACGUUUUGGUGACAGUGCAACCCGUUAACGACGAGGUGCCUGCGCUGGUUAAUAGGACGAAAUUAACCGUUUGGCAAGGUGGAUCGAUCACGUUAACGCCCGAUAAUUUAGCGGCUGUUGAUAACGAUACCACGGCACGUGAUAUAACAUUUAACGUGAGCGGAGUUCGAAAUGGAUUAAUCUCGUUAAAAUCUUCCCCGGGGGUGGAUAUUUACAAUUUCACUCAGGAACAAAUCGAUCGAUCCGAAGUCAUGUUCACGCAUACGAAUGGAUCCGACGCCGAAUUCAAUUUCGUGCUCCACGAUGGAGUACACGCUACGGAAUCUUAUACGAUACCGGUGACCACGAAACCGAUUCGAUUCAACAUCGAGCAAAACGUUGCUUUGAACGUUUUUCCCUUGACCAGAAAAAUGAUAUCGAGCAAACUACUGUUGACCAAAUGCUCGGACGAGACUCGGGAGAUAAAAUAUACGGUGCGAAAUGGACCGCAUCUUGGAAAAAUCAUCAUGGAGACGAGCGAGGGUGCAUGGUUGAACGUCGAACGAUUCACGCAAACGGACGUUAACAAUAGCAAAGUUUUCUACGAACAUACCAAACAAUUUAUGGAUCUGACUGCCAACGAUUCGUUCACGUUCGACGUGGAAGCACAUUUCGCGGAAUCCUUAACCAAUCAGGUAUUUCAAAUAGAUAUCUCGGUCUCCAGCGGUGGAUUGGACAGAUAUAUCUCCAUAAAGAACGUGAGGGUCGAAGAAGGUGGUUCGGCUCAGGUAGUGAUGAACAUAAGCGGAAUCGUGUCGUUCCUUCAAACUCACGCUGGAAUCGAGAAUCCGGCGGUACUCUCGAGGCUGGUCAAUCAACCUAGUCACGGCCACGUGAUGAUUCUCCCGGAUUUAAACGUUACCACUUUCUCUCAACCCCAGAUCGAAGGUGGCAAGAUCGCCUAUUAUCACGAUCAUUCGGAUACUUUGCAAGAUCGUAUCAAUUUUUCUCUUUACUUGACUCCUGGUCACAUCCUUCUGUGCAACACGAGUAUUCCGGUGAUAAUCGAACCCGUCAACGACGAGCCAUUCAAAUUAAUCACAAACGCACCGUCCAUCACGGUGGUUCAAAAUCAGAAUCAAACGAUAACCAGAGAGAACUUGUUAACGACCGAUCCGGACACUCCGCCAGAAGAGAUCGUAUACGACGUGAUAUCCAAGCCGACGUUCGGUCGUCUAUUGCUUCUACCGUUCGACGAGAAUAUCUCGGAAGUUCGUCAAGUGAACAAAUUCACGCAGCACGACGUUGAUUCCAAUCGAUUGGUGUACGAGCACAACGGACCUCUUCAAGCGGCCUCAUUUUACUUCAGAGUUUGGGAUGGACGGUUCAACCCGGUGUACACGGUGUUCAACGUCUACGUUUUACCUAUCAAACUGAACGUCACCGUCUUAGGUCCUGUAAAUCUGCAGCAAGGGUCGAACGUAGCUCUAAUUUCCGAGAGCACUGUGAAACUAGACACUAACGCGAGGCAAGAUUUGGUCAUUUACGACAUAACGACAACCCCAAAGUAUGGCGUGUUGUACGUGCGCGAUGGAGCGGCGGCUAGUUUCAAACAAACAGAUUUACUGUCGAAAAGCGUCAUGUUCAUGCAAACGGAUAUGACCGUGUCGAACGACAGUCUCGAGCUGACCGCACGAUUGAGCGGAUUCGAACUGAAGCGUAUAAGAAUCGACAUCAAGGUAGUACCUCUGAUGAUUAUAAAUCCUAUGAUCGCUCUGGCAGGCGAGAAGACUAGAAUAACGUUGCAGUAUAUGGAUGCGACGCCAUUGGCUAAAUUGACGAGCAGCAAUCCGGUAUACACGAUUAUCAAAAAGCCGAAAUUUGGUAAAAUAAAGAGAAUCAUAAGAAGUUCCUUCUCGUCCGGCGAGAAACGAGGAACUCGAGAGAAAGAGGUAAGCAAAUUCUCUCAUCAAGAGGUGAUGUCGGGUGUGAUUUAUAUGGUUUGCAAAAAAAUUCCAACGAUGGAAUACGACGGGGUAAUCGAUAGCUUCGCGUUUAUCUUAGCGGCCUCCAUCUUUCAACCAGCCGUGGGCGAGUUCGAUUUUCGCGUCAAACUCGACAUGGAUGAAUAUAACAUCACGUUAGGUGGUCCGAUGGACCCGGUAGGUCACGAGGGUGAAAUGGCGAUCGCGCCCAACAUGAGCAACGAUUACCUGUUAAUUCUAGGGAUGCUACUAGGCGUAUUUUUACUCGGUGUAGUGGUGAUAAUCACUAUUAGGUGUAGGCAAAAUAAAUACAAACAUGCCGAGGAGGAGAAGCCAGAACCGACCCCAGCAGUGGGUGUGAUGCCUCUGCCGAGACCUCCGGACCAUUUAAUGCCCGUCACCCCUCACGUGAAACGUUACGCGAACGAUCAUAACAGCGUGACAGCAAGUACUCCAUUGCCAGUUCUACCGACCAUGACGUCGACCCUACCUCAAUGCAAAGUGAUACCCCUCAGCCCCCUGGAAAGUAUCACAGGAUCCGAAAUGGAUGUUUCCGCGAAAUAUCCGUACGGUGUCGCGGAUGGGGACGAAUGGAGCAGUUUCGAUACAUCCGAUCUACCUUGCCAAUCGAGCACCGCGCAAAGGACCAACAAUCCCUUGCUAAGAAGAAAUCAAUAUUGGGUCUAGCAAAAGGAGGGCUGUUCGCGUUUAAAGCGAAACAGGCCGUAACACUUUCUCAAAUUUCAAGACUGUUUUUUCUUACGAAACCUUGAGACUAAUCGUCGAUUAACUAUGGUCUUAAUGUGCCUAAAAAUAAUAAUUGACUCCGCGAAAGGGGAUAUUAUCGAAAGCCUCCAUUUUAUAUCGGAAAUUUUGACGGAAACUCUUUUUCCCGGCAUCGACUCUUCCGCGACCCAACAUUGUAUACUUGUAUCGUUAACGAUAAGUCGAGGAUCAGAGUUUCCAUCGAUUUUUUUCUUCUUUUGUUACAAUAUAAACGACUCUGACAAGAGUGCUAAGUAUACAUAUAUUUCGACUAGUAAAAUUUUGCGUGGUUUUCGCGCAAAAUAUUUCGCGAUGUAUCUUGUUAGUACCGCAAAAAUACUUCCGCGAUUAACGGGAAAGCUAAACACUCGUUAAAUGUAAAAGAAUACAAAACCCGAGACUAUCAUCGCUAUUGUGGAUCGAAUGUGCCUAAGAUAUUAACGAGUCUUGUAAAAAAAUUUUCCCACGACGCCUACACGAUGUCGAUUUCGCUGUCUUUCCUCUCGGUUCGAUGCCGAGAUCCGAAACGUUUUCGAACCUCUCGUCUCAGCCAAAUCUACGUCAAUCGGGAUACUUUUCCUUUCAUGCUUUAUGGCGAUACUUCUCCUCUGAACGAAUGAUCGUUUCUUUAUGAAAAAGGAAAAUAGGAAAAAAAAAAGUCAUUGUCCAACACUCGAUAUCGAGACUAAAAAUGUCACGAAAAUGUUUAAAUGAGUAUACCGGAAGCACGUAGAAACAUUAUCAGACGCGAAAAAUCUUAUAUAUAAUAACACGUAAAAUUUUGUAAAAAAAAAAAAAAAUUACAAAAUGCGUAUUUCAGAUUUAUAUACAUAUGAAAAAUAUAUAGAAGUUAUUUGCGACUUUUCUAAAAACAAAAAAUAAAAAAAAUUACUACGUAUGCGCGUUCAAAGGAUUAAGCAGUACAACUAAAGAUACUUCGAGUUUUCGCACAUAUCUUUUUACACGAGAUUUUCGCGUAUUUCUACUGAUUCGCGUCGUAUAACGUCGAUUUCUAAAUUCUCAUUUUAUUACUUGAGAUCGCCUCUAUUCCUUUCCACACGAUCUUAUACUAUUGGAACAAAAAAUUCUACAUACACGAGAAAUGUACGUAUUGAAACGUAUACAAAAAGACCCGUUAUAAUUUCCAAAUUUCCAAAUAUCAAAACGAAAUAUAUAACUCUAUACGCUGUCAUUGCCCAUUUUAACGAUUUUUCUACUCCUCUAAAAAUAACGAUGUCCUUUUCUAUGUAAAAUUAAUCUCGUCGACGUCGUGAAGGUUGAGUUUAUUAAAUCUUAUAGACCGAAUAUGAAUCCUCUUACGUCAAUACUACGUGACGAUAGAAAAUUAAUCGUGAAUUAAUUAGCAGCCGUGAUGACGCCGUGGAAAAAAAUUUAUCCGUGAAUCAAUUCUUCAAUACAACGACAAAUUUUAUUAAACCGUAUUAAUUGAUCGGCGUAUGGAACGCACAACAAUGAAUUCAUACACUCUCUUCAGUAUUAAUAGUAAAUUAAUAAAUCGCUCGAUCAAUCGAUAUCGACUUAUUGAUUCGCGCGCUCGUCAAUUUUUCGACGAAUAAUAUUUAAACAUUUGUCUUUUAGA